AUGGCAUCGGCUGCUCACCAAAGGCCAUUUGCUGAAUCGCCGCCUGAUAAGAAGUCAGGUGAUGGCAUGUGGAAAGCGUACUUAGAUGCGGUCGAAGACGAAGACAAGGCCAGCGUCGAGAGCUGGAACGGUUCCACGACAGGCAUCCUCACCUUCACCGGUCUCUUCGCGGCGACUGUGACCUGUCGCUGCUUUCGUUAUCGAGAGCUACAAGGCACUUUCGCCUGA